AUGUCAGUAUCUCCAGUAGCCUCCUCCCAUCGACUGUUUGUUCCAUCUCUUUAUUUCAUCGCCGCCGACACCAUGCGUCCUGGUCUCUACAGCUGUGAGCCAUGUCUCAGAAAGGCCAUGGACUGGUAUCCCAGUGACUCAGAUCCCAUAAUGAUCCCAAAGAUCUGCAUCGACGAGGAGGGCUUCAACAGAGAGGACUUUCACUGCAAUGUCUGUGAUGCUGACAUGGAGAAGGAGCACGGGGCUUGCGAGGGCGGCACUCAGCGCAUGGGAAGUCUGCUGAAACGCUACAUCAAGCACAUCAAGGCCAAUCGCCGCGUCACAAAGGAGGCGUACGUUUCCAACCCAAAGACCAUCCGGCUUUUCAGAAAGGCUAGUCGCGCUAUCGCAUCGUACUCGAACAGAACUGCUGCCGACUCUACGAAGGACCAUCACGACGAACACAAGUGUGCCGAUGCCACCGAGACGCUCUCAUGCUUGAUCGACAUCAAGAACAGUCUGCGCAUCAUCGCCCAGUGCGCUCUCCAUAUCAGUGGACUGGAAGCUGGUAUCCCCGACGAACCUGAGAUGCCUGCCCGCUGCGAUGCCGAUAUGACGCUUGUGGAGCGUCUCGGCGACUUCAAUUUGGAUGAGCUUGAGGAUGAGGAGAAUUAA